AUGUAUCCUAAUUCUUUGGAAUGGAAGCUCAUUCUGGCUCUGGUUACUAGUACUUUUGCAAUAUUAUUCACUGUAAUUGCGAUUCCAUUACUCCAAGCUGACCUUGAGAGUCUAAAAACGGAGGUAUUCAGCGAAAUGGACGAGUUUCGGGCUUCCACUGAUGCUCUUUGGGACGAUCUCCUUGAAAUCGAGCGGAACCCUAUUGCCAAAAGGGAUAUCUCUGUUGUUUACAGUCGAAGACCAGUAAUUCAUAGAAAAGCAAAACUACGUCGAUCACAAAACCUACGUCAUCGAUGGAUAACUAAAGCACAAAAAUACAAUCACAUCUAUGGUGCAAAACUAGCUCAGAUGGCCAAAGCUAUUCCACAGCUGGAUAAAUCAUGGGGCAAACGCAUCGCUAUAGCACUGAAAAGGAUGCCCAAACGUCGUCAACAAAACCAAUGCAGAUUACGCCCUGAUCCAGAAUGUCCCCAGGGUCCUCCGGGACCACCUGGUGAUGACGGCAGCAAUGGAGAAAAUGGCGUGGAUGGAGUGCCCGGAACAAAUGGAAAAAGUGCUACCGAUUAUCUUGUGUGCAUUCAAUGUCCUGUAGGCCCUCCAGGUCCCCGUGGACCACGUGGAGCUCCAGGACCAGUCGGGCCACAUGGGCCUGAUGGUGAGCCUGGCGUCAGUGGUAUAGGGCCACCUGGACCUGAAGGUGCGAAAGGAGAGGUUGGACCACAAGGGGUGACAGGGCCACCUGGAACACCCGGUGAGCCGGGCAGAGUUGGUACCAGAUGGAUGUGCCCUCCGGGUGAAAAGGGCGUACCAGGGCCACCAGGUGGUUUUGGUCCCGGAGGUCCACUUGGAAGUUCGGGUGAAGUUGGUUUACCUGGUGCUACCGGUUUAAUUGGUAAACGUGGAUUGAUUGGAGCACCUGGAGAACCUGGGAAAAUUGGCAGUCGUGGAAGGAAAGGCAGAAAAGCUUUUGACCCGAAUUAUUGCGAAUGUCCAAUUAGGACCAAGUCCAGUGUGGGAAUGCCUGUCAUAAAUCCAAAAAAUAGUACAGAAUUUGAUAAAUACCCGAAGAAUCUUGAUCUUGAUCGAAUAAUUUGA